AUGAACACCUCUACUACCCGUCAGGCCCUGGUUGCGGCCUUUGCAUUUGGCCUCGUUGUCCACGCUGCGGCUUCAACCGUCCCGAUCGUUUUCAAAGGUUGUUCGAAUAUUCUUCGAGAUGGUCCGAGGCUGGCCCUCAUUACGUUCCUUAUUUCUUCUGCCCUGUGGGCUCAAGUUGACUUUACUUCUAUUCUGAUUAAUGCCGCCUCGACGAGCUGCCAGGUCACCAUCACCUUUGCUUCCAUCUUUGACCAGUUUGCCCGGGUAUCUGUGCAGCAAAGCCUGAUUUGGACUUUGAACAAGUCUACAAAGGGGUCGGGCGUGGAUGCAUUGGCCUCCCAAGGUUUCGUCCUUGUGCGGCUCAUUCUGGGAGGUGUAUUUGUCGGCUUUCAACGACCACAGCUUGGUGAUAUCUGCCUGGCGCGUACAUCAGUCUUGCCGAUUGGUAUCGUGGUUUCCGCUGUUGACCUCGUCUUUGUGGCUGCUCUUUUGACAAGAGUCGUUUCUCAUGGCAACUCUUGGGAGGGAGUUGUCAGUGGCCGAGCUGCUCUUUUCAUGACUGUGGGCUUGGGUAUUUGGACAGCAGCAAGUAUCCCUCUCAUACUAGGCAUCGAGACCUUGCCUGUGGUUGUGCGAACUGUAAUCCCAGCAACUGGCCUCUCGAUUCUGAUCGCAAUCCUCGCUCACUUCCAGAGCCGUUUUGCGAAAUCUGAAUCCCCGACCGAACCAGCCUUCGAUGCGUACCGACAUUUGCAGAGCCGAGGAAUAUCGACCGCCGACUCAUACCAUUCGAUUCAACAUGAAGAGGCUAGGAGGGAAGAUUGGGAGGAGCCCAAGAGGAUCCCACGCGCGAUGACAGCUGUGAAUAAGGAGCUUCCGGUAAUUUCGAUGCCAGCUGCCGGACAAGCAACUCUUGGAAUGGGCGGAGUCCCGGUGCAAGGCCAACUAUUCCCACCGCCUCGAGCCCAGACGCUACCGUUGUCUAUCGAAAUGAAGAGCUUGGAAAAGAGACCCCGACAGGACACGAAACUGGUCAUAUCGAAUCCCAUUUUGCGACACGACCACAACCCGCUUUCCAAGAUUGCGACGGUGGACUUGGCGGUUGCGCAAAAGGAAAGAAGGAGACAGGAAGCAUUGUUGGUGGCAGUUUCAGAUACCGAAUCCCAUGACACUCCUACGUCGAAACCCACAUCAACUGCGACUACGACGUCGGCGCUUUUAUCUCCAGGGGUGGAAGAGAUUCGACGACGAUCCCCAAGGCAGCCAUCGACACCAAAUCUGUCUAAUCUCAAGCCCCCGCCUCGACAUUUGCCGUAUCCCUCCCGGGCCACGCGAGAGACCGUCGUCAACUUCUCACUGCCGGUCGAUGCACAGAAUCCAGCCACACGCACGCCAAGAGCCCAAACGAAAUCAGCACCGCCUAUCAAGCCAAAAGAUAAAGAUAUAGGAGAAUUGGCAAGGAUUACCUCGAUAGUUCAUCGACCAAGGCCAAUACCAAGGAAAGCAAAUGUCGAUCGCCCAAUCUUUCCAGCAGAAGGGUCCCCGAAUCUACAACACCGCAAGCGAUCGCUCUCCUGUAGCUCCAUCCUCAAGCUCGAGACACCGCCACCUAUGCCCACCGAUCCUCGGCUAAGCGAGCUUGCUAAUUUGCUAGGGAGUGGACACUCCAAGGCGACAGGUACGAGAAGGCGGUCUAUGUCUGUUCCUGAGCUUCCAGUCUUGAGUCUGGCUUCAAGCCCGGCGGCAAAGGUCCAGCCUGUGAAAAGUCCCGAAAGCCCUGCCCAAUCGACCCAUUCCAUCUCGCCUUCGGAUGAAUCAAUCCCAACGCCAUCGUCCUUGCACAAGAGAGGAUACGAGCGAAGGUCCUCGCCUGUUCUUCCGGCCGACGGCUUUGACAGGCUCUCUCCUGGGUCCACGAUUCCAGACGAUGACUCUUUUCUCAACUGGGAUAUUGCUCCCACGCACGUGCAAGAGGCAGUUGCGGUUAAAUCGACUAAAAUCCAGCGGGCCGGGCUCGGAGUUGCGGGGACCCCAUCGUUGAGCGAGGCUCACGGUCACGACCCCUUGCACCCCCUGCACGAGCCAGCUAAACAAGGCACCGGACUUGCAUCGGACUUGCAAGGUGCCGAGGAUUUCAACUCCGAGCGGACACGUCAAGUGGGGGAAGCUCGGCCAACAUUUUCAGACAGGGGGCGCUCAGUCAAGCUGCAUCGGAGUCCUCCGCCUGCUCCUUUGCUGCUCCGCAACAGCAGGGUGCAGGCUGAACCAUCGCCAGAUUCUGAGGAUGAGCUGGAAAUGGCUUUAGCCAGGUCUGGCAGCAAUGUCAACCCCGCGGAGCUGGCAGGGGCUUUUCCCACAGGUGACGAGAGGGCGACUUUGCUGGCCAAUCUGGAGCUGGAAUUGAACGAGCAGGAGAACCAAUGGCAAGCAAUUCGGCACACAAUGCUCCGAGAUUCCCUGUCGACUGUGUCUAUGGGAUCGCCCAGGCGCGACUCGCGACACGGGCAGCCGUUUAGACGAGCGCAAUUGGAAGCGGAAAACGAUCUACAGUCGCUGCUAUCGCAGACUGGCUUUAGAACAAAGUUGACAAGCUCAUCCUUCCCCGGAUUGUCUAGUCCUACUCCUCCAGACACAGAAUCUGAGCACGAAUACGACGAGGAAUCUGAGGUUCUGGUUGGUCAGACGGAGAAUGAUGCCAAGGCGGCGAAGGCGCUGUGGCGCCCCAUCACUCCUGUAGCUGCUACCCCUAGUGCACCAUCCCUCUGGACCCCUGCCUCCAAGGCAGCAGACAUGGCGCCAGAGGAAAUUCCAGACACCAUCAGACGAGAGAAGAGGUAUCUGGAACCUCUGACGAUUGAGAGUAACAGGCUCUGGGAGGCAUCACGAUCACCAAAACGCCAGGUUGCGCAUCAUGGGCUCUGGCGAGCGGACAAAACCCAAGUGGUGGAAGUUAAAGUCCAGCACUCAGCUCCUCCCCGCCAGCCCCCACGGCGGAUCAAGCGUGUCACACUCCUCCCAGACAUACUGGAGAAUCCGGAGCCACUCCCUGAUAGGCGCGGGACACUUGGGAUAUUCCAAUUCCCAUGGGGUGAGAGGUCUGACAGGGCAACGAUGCCAGCGAUGCCAACUCGAGGGAUGUCUGGGUUGACAAUCGGCGCCAUGCCUGGGACAAUGGCCAGCAGAGGGUCGGGGUCACAGUCACACAUGCAGAGGAGCGUGGAAGUGGAGGUGGACACCACUACGGAGGUGAUGGAGUCUAUGGACGACUACGAACGGGAGGAGUUCUCUGACAGCGAAACGUACGACGACUCGUCCUCGUACUACGACAGCGACGAAGAAGGGUUUGACGAAACAACUCUUUGGGAAAUUGUCAGCCUUCUGGAACCUGCGGAGCGGACAAGUGAAUCCACGACCGGGCCCCACUAUGGUAAAUCCGGGCUUCACUCCGAGCAAAAGCAAGAAGCGGCACAUGGGCGUGCAGAACAGGUUGCAGACGCAGACGCAAACUCGGCCAAAUUUUCAGACAGCGGCAUCAACAAAGGGCAAGCCCCAACUAAUAUCUCUUCGUCACACGCAGGCUCACCCCCAAAGGCAGGGCCCGACCAGAUUAGCCAGCGGAAAAGCCCCCACCCACCAAUGACGCUGGCGGACAUGGAUCUCCGGGAGCGAGUCAACAGAAAAGCGCGAGAGGGCGAGGGGCAGAGCCAGGGAAAAAACCAGGGUCCGGCAAAAAUUGAUGCGCAUCUGAUUGCGCUUGGUGGGGGCUCGGCAGCCGAUGCCGCCAUGGGGACCCCUCCGAGGCCCGAGCCUCCAGUUGCUUCAAUAAGCAAAAACCCGCCUGAGCCAUCAAUAAGCAGCGCGCCCGUGCCUCGACCCUUGUCUGGCGCUCCAAUCAAUGACGACAGCACCACUCAUGAGACACAGUUUCCCCAGUUGCUUGCAAAUCACACCCCUGCAGCCAGUGCCAGGCCCAGUCGCAGUCCCUUGACGUGGACUUUCACUCCCGCAGAGGCGACACCCGUCUGCAUCCAGCACGAGGCGUCCUCUAUCUCCAAGCCCGCCGAACUGCCCGCCGAGUCCGCUAACUCCGCCGCCCUUUUCCAUAUACAAAGCCGACGCGCCGACGCAAAUCUCAACAGUCGUUUGUUAUCUUUCUUCCCAUUGCCUCCUCAGUCUUCACCACUCAAGUCUGAACAUCCCAAGCUACAACAUCAGCAUCAGCCUCAGCAAUCUACUAGCAUUUUUGGCAUGGCUUUGUGGUCUCCAAGCCCUAUCGUUCACAGCCCCACCAAGGGACUCGCCCAGCCAGACGAAGCUACCUGGAAGAAAUAUCUACCUGCCGACGACAUUGCUCGCGUUCUCCCUGCAAAGGCCGACCUUCCUAUCAUUGAGAGCAACUCCCUCUGGACCCCCCCAGCAAAGAAGGCCGAUAUUCCCAACCACGGACUUUGGGGAACAAAGACACCCCUGCCCGGCAUGUGGUCUCAACCCCCAGUCCUCCCCAAGGUCUCCUAUGGCCUCCCCCAGCCCGACCCUGAGACCUGGGCCACCUACCUCGUGGUGAUGGAUGACGUCCCCCGAGUCAAGCCCAGAGAGGCCGAGCCUGCUUUCGUUGAGAGCAGCAGCCUCUGGAGCAGCAAGCCCGUUAUCCCCGAGGUGCCAUCCGAGGAUGGUUUGUGGUCCGGAUCUAGCUCCGCAUCUUCUGCAAGCUCAGUGAGCGGCUCCGAGUCGUCUACCGGUACGCCGAGCGAGGCGGUCAAUUUUGGAUUGUGGGAGCCCACUCCCGCUAUCAUUGCGGACGAGGAGCCGACCGGCCUCUUUAGCCUCAGCCACCGUCGCACCGAAUACCGCACCACCGACAAGGCUCCGGCGGCUCUCGAAAUGCGCCCGCCCCGACGACCUCUGGAGGCGUACCCCGACUUUGGAUUUACUCAUCUCUGGAACAUGGCCCCUCUCUGGGAUGCCAAGGCCAAUGCCGCGGCUGUUGAGCUGCAGCGCGAAUUGGACGGCCUCGUCCUGGAGGGCCUAUUCAGCCUGAAGCACCGCCGGAACAAUUUCCGUACUACUUCCGAACCCCCCGCUGCUCUGGAGACGAGACCCAAGAUGCGCAUCUCGCAGGAGCCUCUGCCGAAGCUCAGCUCAGAUAGCCUCUGGUCUGUGCGCGCACCGGCCGAGACACCAGUCGAGCUUGACUGGAUGGCUCUAUCGACAGUCCGCCCGAGAACUACUUCUGUCGCUUCAGACGACUCGCUCAUCUCGAUGCCUCCUCUCACCAGAGCUUCCUCUAUCAAGUCCGACAAGAGCGUGCGUCGCAUCGACGCAACCCCCGCCGAAUGGCUCGCUGCCCUGGAUGAGGCGAUCCGUGCCAGUGGACCCUCGGACAAGGGUGCCAUGGACCUGGACCCCAGCGAGACCAACUACCAGCUCUGGUCCAAGUCCGAUGAGGAGCCUCUCAUCAUGGCGUCGGAUGCCGAUGAGCUGUGGAAGCCGACUUCCAUCCCAACCCCUCGUUUCCUCGAAUUGACUCCUUCUCUGCGAGACUACGAUAAGAUGCACGCCGAGUCGGGCACGUCGCACCGUGGUCGCACACUGGAAAAGUCGCGCCCGCCGCCCCCAAUCUACCCCGGUUCAUCGACCUCGGCCUUUCUCCCUGCCGCCAGCGACACGCCCCGCGACUUUGCGUCGCAAGGACUCUGGGCUCGCACUCAAUCCCCGGCUGGAUCGCGUGAGGACGGAUCCUGGCUGGACAAGUCCCUUAGAAAGAGCUUGUCGUUUGUGCAGCUGUGGUAG